UUUUGACGUUAUGGCGCUGGACUGGUGGCUGGCAGCUGCUGUCACCGCAUCUUUUUCUUGCUCUUUCUUCUGUUUGUGUUUUCGCUUCAGACGCUCUGGAAAAGUGUUUUUGAGAAGGUUCCUGAGCACCAUAAUGGCCCGCACGGAGAAGCCUUUGUUCAGAAUCGCGUACACACUCUACACCAGGACCAGACUCGGCUUCCUGUACUACAAGAGACAAGUGAGGAAAGCCCGGGAACAGUACCCCGCUGGACACUCUGUAGCUCAGCCUGUUGAGUUCAACGGUGUUAAAAUAAUUCCCAUCUCCGUGUUGUCUGACAACUACAGCUAUCUUGUAAUUGACGUGACUUCCAGUGUUGCUGUGGUAAUCGACCCAGCGGACCCACAAAUGGUGCAGGCAGUCCUCAAAGAAGAAGGAGUGAUGCUUGAAGCAAUCCUCUGCACACACAAGCACUGGGAUCACAGUGGUGGAAACAAAGGGUUGAAAAGGCUUCACAGCUCAUGCAGAGUUUAUGGAAGUGCAGCUGACCACAUUCCUGGACUCACACACCCCCUCUCUCACAAAGACUCUAUAUCAGUUGGCUGUAUGCACUUUAAGGCCCUCUUCACUCCUGGACACACUGUGGGUCACAUGAUCUACCUCCUGGAUGGCCGGCCUUUCGGCGCCCCCUCCAGCCUCUUCUCUGGUGACUUGGUGUUCCUGUCAGGAUGCGGAAGGAUGUUUGAAGGAAGUGCCACAACAAUGCUGUCUUCGCUGGACACAGUCGGCUCCCUGAGUGAUGACACUCUGUUGUGGCCUGGUCACGAGUAUGCCGAGGACAACCUGCUCUUUGCUGCUGAGGUUGAACCGCGCAACACUGUCCGGGAAAACAAAUAUCAGUGGGUGCUGCAGCAGCGAGUCCUCAAACGGUGCACGUGUCCCUCCACCAUCGGAGAAGAGAAGGAGUACAACCCCUUUCUCCGGAGCCAUUGCACUGACCUCCAACUGACCCUGGCUCUCCAGCAGUUUCAGGAUGAGGACUGGACUCAGUUCAGGGCUCGGGUACUGGAAGAGCUGCGAAAACGUAAAGAUCUUUAUAACAGGCGAUCAUAACAGGAGGACUUAAACCACAACAAGCUGACAAACAGGAAACAGAGGAGCCAGUUCUCCAGGACCAC